GCUGGCUCAAAAUCCCUGCAGCAUCACAUGAGUGCUUGAAUUGAUGAUACGGCCACGUGACGGCCGCAAGGUUGAUCCUCUUCGCGUCUACAGUACGGACGCCACCGUCCAUCCUCAUACCGUAGCUUGUUAUCUUUUUUUCUUCUUUUAAGUGCUCCAUCGAUCAACAACACAAUCCAGCCAUAGUAAAAUGGAGGCCGCCGGGAGGACAACGACGGCAUGCGUGACCGGCGCCGGCGGCUUCGUGGCCUCAUGGCUGGUCAAGCUGCUUCUCUCCCGUAGCCGCUACACCGUCCGCGGCACAGUUCGUGAUCCCGGUAACGCCAAGAACGCGCACCUCGCGGCGUUGGACGGGGCCGGGGAGAGGCUGCGGCUGCUCAAGGCGGAGCUGCUGGACUACGGCAGCAUGGCGGCGGCCAUCGCCGGCUGCGACGUCGUCUUCCACGUGGCCUGCCCCGUCCUCGACGCCCCGACUCCCGACCCUGAGGCUGAGAUACUUGCUCCGGCUGUGACCGGCUCGAUCAAUGUCCUCAAGGCUUGCUCUGAGGCCAAGGUUAAGAGGGUCGUGGUGGUGUCUUCCGUCUCUGCUGUCAUGGUGAAUCCCAACUGGCCUCGAGGCAAGGUCAUGGAUGAAGACUGCUGGACUGAUGUCGACUACUGCAGAACCACCCAGAAUUGGUACUGCCUCGCGAAAACCCUGGCAGAGCGUGAAGCCUUCGCCUAUGCAAAGACAAGUGGACUAGAUGUUGUGACAGUCUGCCCGUCCUUGGUGAUCGGCCCCUUGCUGCAGCCUACUGUCAACGCUAGUACUGCGAUAAUAGUUGAUUACUUGAAAGGUGAACGUGAGGUAGAGAACAAAACCAGGAACUUCGUGGAUGUUCGCGACGUUGUCGACGCUCUUGUCUUGGUGUGUGAAACCCCGGAGGUCUCUGGACGGUACAUCUGCAGCUCAUAUUCAUGGAAGGUCUCUGAUGUCAUUGGCCUGCUGAAAAGCAUGUAUCCCACUUACAAAUUUGCCAACAAGUUUGUCCAAGUCAGUGAUGAGCCUUCAUAUAGUUCCCAGAAGCUUGAGAUGCUGGGCUGGAAAAUCAAGCCACUCGAGGAGACCCUCAGGGACAGUGUUGAAUCAUACAAGGCUGCAGGUUUCCUGGAUUAAGCAAGCAGUGUCUUGUAUAUCCCUCCAUUGUCUCUAGCUAGGAAACUAGCUAUUACUAUUGCUGUUGUAUUGCAUAAAUUGUUGUUGUUUUGCAACUGGAGGCUGUAGUGCUGGAGCUCUGUGAUAGUAAUAGUUGGCACACUUGAAGCAGCAACUUGGUCUUUCUACUUCUAGUUAGCUUGCUUUCCGUACAAUUACGAGCAUUCCAGUGUUUGUCUAUUGGUACUUCUUUUGAACUUUGUAAGAGAUGAACCUUUUGUUGGAUGUGUCCAUCCUCUUGAUGCAGACACUGAAGAGCAAUAAAAUUUUCCAUUUCAGAAAA